UCCAAACUUACAUUUUUCACUCUUCCUCUUAAGUUUCAGCAUCAACAACUUCCAAACUUCAAUAUUUAGUUUUCUUUUAACUUUUUAUUAAAGAGAGAAUUUUAAAUCUCGUAGCACAAAUAAAUUUGGUUGUCUUGUUUUCCUCGGUUUCUGAUAUCAUAUACUCUGUUUUUGUUACUAUUCCUUGAGCUUUAAGAAACACAACAAUAGGACUUAGGGUUUUUGUUUUGUGGAAGUUUCACAUUGUUUUCGACAAGAAAGUGAAUCAUUUAAAGAAAUUAUAGAUAUAGACGAUGGUGGGAUCAUAUUUACCACCUGGUUUCAGAUUUCAUCCAACAGAUGAAGAACUUGUUGGUUAUUACCUGCACAGAAGAAACGAAGGUCUUGAGAUCGAGCUCGAAAUCAUUCCAUUAAUGGAUUUAUACAAGUUUGAUCCUUGGGAACUUCCAGAGAAAUCCUUCUUGCCGAAUCGAGAUAUGGAAUGGUUUUUCUUCUGUCAUCGUGACAGAAAAUAUCAGAACGGAUCUCGCAUAAAUAGAGCAACUAAAUCUGGAUACUGGAAAGCCACAGGCAAAGAUCGAAAAAUCGUUUGUCACUCUUCUUCUUCUUCUUCCUCUGUCACCGGGUGCCGAAAAACCCUAGUUUUUUAUAUGGGUCGAGCCCCUUUUGGUGGUAGAACCGAGUGGGUAAUGCAUGAGUAUCGCCUCUUCGACAACGAUACUUCACAAGGAUCACUAAAUUUUAAGGGAGACUUUGCGCUGUGUCGUGUGAUAAAAAGGAAUGAGCAUACGCGUAAGAAAUCUGAAACCAACUCACCAGAGGUUUCAGAUGAUCUAUUGAGCAACAAUGUUAAGAUAUUUUGUCAAGCAAGUGACCUAGAAAAGAGUUCUUGUGAUGCAAGUAACACACUCUGGUCUUCACCUGAUUUCAUCCUUGAAUCAUUUUUUCAGGGAAGCUCACAAUCACAAACAGAAGUAGAUUCUUGUUCCCAAGUAUUUGCACUCCCCGAAUUCGAAUAUCCAUCAGAGUUCUCCGCAGAUUUGAAUUUCGACUGGGAAAUGGAGAAUCCAUUCAUGUUUGAUUAUCAUCCAGAAGCUCAUAUGAACAAUGAAGUCAUGAACUAUCACAUUCUUGGGUAAAGAAAAACAUUCACUAAUCUCAAAACCAAACACUCCAGUCUCCAGAUGGAUCAUGAUCUAACUAUAAUCCCAUUUAUUUAGUAUAUAGUUUUGUUUGUGUAUAAUCAUAUAGUAUAGUUGCAUAUUAUGUAAUUUAAAACUACAAGAUUCUCCACUAUCAACUAGUAGUUAUAAAUACACUUUUCAUAG